AGAUGCAAUGAUAACUACAUGUUUAAACCUGUGGACUUUUCGAAAAUAAACUCUCUUAAAACACUUUUCACACUCUCUCUAGUUUAUUUAGAUGCAGAGGAGAAAGAAAGAAAGAAAGAAAGAAAGAAAUCUGUACCAGCAAAUUACAUGGAACUCUUUCCGUUCCCUGGAUUUCAGGUUUAUCACCUCCACCUCCCACGCUAGACUUUCAUAGUCCUAUAAAAGAUGCUCUUUUGUCUGAUCUGAGAGUCGACGGCUGCUGAGUUCCUACUGAUGAAGUCUCUAGAUUUUAUAAGCCUAUUCAAAAACAAUGAGUGCAUCCAAACCCCAGGAAAGUCUGUCUAAGCAGUGGUGAUGAGGUGAGAAUCGAACACUCUUUGAAUGAGAAAGAGAAGGAGUUUGUUGCCAAACGGAGAAAAUCUGUUCUAGAAAGCCUGCAGAAGCUUCAUAUAUACUUCAGUCAGGAUGAAGUCCCAAACAUUGCAUUACUGGGUUCUGGAGGAGGAGAAAGAGCCAUGGUGGCUUUGCUGGGAUCCCUGGUUCAGCUCCAGAAAACAGGUCUUCUGGACUUCAUCCUUUAUCUGAGCGGAGUGUCUGGAUCCACCUGGUGUAUGGCCUCCUUAUAUCAGGAAUCAGACUGGUCCACCAAACCAGAGACUGUGAAAGACAAGAUCAUCAAGAGACUCAGCAGUUCUAAAGUCAGCUGGAAAGAAGCAUUUGCAAAACUGAAGAAAUAUUACAAUGAGAAAGAUGAAAACAUAUUCAGCAUGACUGACAUCUGGGCAGUGAUAGUCGUCACGAUAUAUGUGAAAGAGAUAGACGAACACACACUCACAGACCAUUGGGACCAGCAGAGUACAGACCCGUUUCCCAUCUACACAGUGAUCGACAAGGAAUGCAAACAGAAAAAAGAUGGAGAUCCCUGGUUCGAGUUCACUCCAUAUGAAGCAGGUUAUUCCCUCACUGGAGCGUUUGUGAAAACCUCCAGCUUUGCCAGUCAGUUUGAAGAUGGCUGUAAGAUCGAGGACCAGCCUGAAAUUGACAUGCUGUACCUGCAAUCUCUGUGUGGCAGCGCUUUAGCUGAUGGAGAUGAGAACAAGAAAUUCCUCUGGGAACGAAUAAAAGAGUUCUUUCAUCAUUUCCUGCAAGAAAGAGAAAAAGGGAUGUUUGAGGAAAUAAAGAAAGGAGAUCCAAACUCCCCACCUGUAGAUGAAUGUUAUCAGGUGCUCAAGGAUCUGGUGGACAUGAAUCUCUCGGUUUUGAAUGGCAUUGAUCCGUCUGAUCUUGAUGUAUCCAUCAGAACAAAGCUGAACAAGCUCACUGGAGGCAAAAAUCAGCUGAUUUUUCAAGAGGAAAAACUGAAUCUCACUGAUAAAGAAGCUGCAAAGCGGUAUAUGAAACAAUACACUGAGGAUGUGUGUAAUGAUUUGAAUCAUUGCUUUCGUUUCUGGCCUGAAAAUAUUUGGAUAAGAACUGGCAUAUGCAUGGCUCAGUGGAAAUGGGGCAGGAAUUAUAACUUCCUCCACAACAUGAAAGAUGAAGAAGUGCCCUCCACUCUUCAGGAAACUGAGAUGAAAGACUAUGAAGAUGGUGGACUGUUGCUGAACUCACCCUACUUCUCAGUGCUGAGAAAAGAGAGAGACAUCAACCUCAUCAUUUCACAGGAUUUCAGUGAUGGUGAUCCUUUCAUGACGGUGAAGGAAGCUGCCAAGAGGUGCAAGGAACUAAAGAUCCCUUUCCCUGAGGUCAACAUUCCCAGUGAAGACGUAAAGAAACCGAAGGACUUCUAUGUGUUCAAAGGCCAAAACACUCCAACCUUGAUCCACAUCCCUCUCUUUAAUGUGGUCAACUGUGGAGAUGAUAUUGAGGGCUACCAAAAAAAAUAUCACACUUUUCAAGGUCCUUACAGCGCUGACAUGUUCACUGAUCUUAUGGAGGUCGCUGGAAAAAACAUCACAAACAACAAAGACAAUCUGCUGGAGCAGAUCCGCCUCGCCAUAGGGCCAAAAAUACACUAAUAAUGAAUAAUAAAUAUCAGUGGUGUGCAGCGUUCUGAAAA